UGUGGGGCGUGUGAACACUGUGGACAGGGAACACCGACGACAUCCAUGUGCAUCUCUUUUCAUUAUUUUCUACUUUCUUGGCUCGAGUAACGUCGAAGAAUAAAACGGUGCCAAAAUGGGGAACGGUUCAAUGAAGCUGAACCCUCUCAAGCAGGUCAGUGGCUCGGCCAAAUCCAAAAACAACGUGGAAUCGAGUUUGGUUCCUCAGGUCCUCAGAGCUAGAGUGGAAGAGCUGGAAAAUCAACUGAAGAAGAAAGAUGAAGACCUGAGUGUCAAGGAGCUUCAGAUCAAACAACUGGAGGAGAAACUUGCCCAGCAGAAAAAGACAAUCUCAGAGAUCUCUGAUGCUUUGAGGAACAAGUGCUUCCAACUUAACAAGCUUCAGGAUGCACUAAAGAAUCAAGGGGAGUUGGAUCUCCUGCCGUCACCUAUUAAGGAAAAGGUCAGUCAGUGUCUUACCAGCCUGCUCAAAGACACCCUCAACAGGAGAAAAGGAGCAAAAGCUGGCGUGUCUGCAGAACCUUCAUCCAGAACCUACGAUUCCAGCGGUAUUCCAAAAUUUUACUUCGAGAGUGCACGAGUUUGGAAAGAGCAAAGUGUGAAAAAGCUCCUCACAGAUGCAUUGAAUAAGAACCAGUAUCUGAGGAGACUGGAGGUGCAGCAGGUGAAAGACAUGGUUGAAUGUAUGUAUGAGAGGACAUACCAGCAGGGAGAAUACGUCAUUAAACAAGGAGAGCCGGGGCACCACUUGUUUGUCCUUGCAGAUGGCAAGCUGGAUGUCUACCAGCACAAUAAACUGCUCACGUCAAUAUCAGUCUGGACCACAUUUGGUGAAUUAGCCAUCUUGUACAACUGUACCAGGACUGCAUCAGUCAAAGCUGUCAGCAACGUGAGGACAUGGGCCCUCGACCGAGAGGUCUUUCACAACAUCAUGCGGAUGACUGCAGAGGCUCGCCACGAGCAGUACCGCAACUUCCUUAGGAGUGUUUCGCUUCUUGGGAGUCUGCCUGGGGAUAAAUUAACUAAGAUUGUUGACUGCUUAGAGGUGGAGUAUUAUAAUAAAGAAGAUUACAUCAUCAGAGAGGGAGAGGAAGGAAACACCUUCUACAUAAUUGCCAAUGGAAAGAUUAAAGUCACACAAAGCACACAGGAUCAUGAAGAGCCUCAGAUCAUCAACACCUUGGGGAAAGGGGAUUAUUUUGGCGAGAAAGCCCUCAUCAGUGAUGAUGUCAGAUCGGCCAAUAUAGUAGCAGAUGAGGAUGGUGUGGAAUGCCUUGUCAUUGAUCGAGAAACUUUCAGUCAGACGGUUGGAACGUUCGACGAACUAAAGAAGUACCUGCAAAGUUAUGUUGAUAGUUUAGCUCGUGAUGAUAAGAAAAGAAAUGCAAAGAGGUCAGGAAGCAGCACCCUGUCCACUCCACCAGUGUCACAUGAUAUGAUAGAGCUGAAAGAGACAGAAAGCAGCUUUGCAUCUGCUAUACUUUUCAGCAGUUUGGAGGUUAUUUCCACGCUGGGAGUUGGAGGCUUUGGCAGGGUUGAAUUGGUGAAAAUGAAGAAUGAGAAUGUGACGUUUGCGCUGAAAUGCAUCAAGAAGCGGCACAUCGUAGAUAACAAACAGGAAGAGCAUAUUUAUUCAGAGAGGAGGAUCUUGCUUGAGACAAACUCUCCUUUCAUUGUUAAAAUGUAUCGUACUUUCAAAGACAACAAGUAUGUGUACAUGCUAUUGGAGGCUUGCCUUGGCGGAGAGAUCUGGAGCCUUCUGAGAGACAGGGGGAGUUUUGAUGAAUACACUGCCAAAUUCUGUGUGGGCUGCGUAACAGAGGCCUUUGACUACCUUCAUUACAAUGGGAUCAUAUACAGAGAUCUGAAGCCAGAGAAUCUGAUGUUGGAUUCUGAUGGAUACGUCAAACUGGUGGAUUUUGGAUUUGCAAAGAAACUCAAGUGCGGGCAGAAGACCUGGACGUUCUGCGGGACUCCAGAGUAUGUUGCACCCGAGAUCAUUCUUAAUAGAGGCCAUGGCCUCAGUGUGGACUUCUGGUCUCUUGGAAUCCUGAUCUUUGAACUUCUCACGGGAAGUCCCCCUUUUACCGGUUCAGAUCAGAUGAUUAUAUACACAUUCAUACUGAAAGGAAUAGAGAAGAUGGACUUCCCAAAAAAGAUUACCAAAAGGCCAGGUGACCUUAUUCGAAAGCUCUGCAGGCAAAACCCUUCAGAGCGACUUGGCAAUCUCAAGAAUGGAAUAACAGAUAUAAAAAAACACAGGUGGUUUACAGGAUUUAGUUGGGUUGGUCUGAAGUCCAGAAGUCUGAAAUCACCUCUUAAAAGAGAGGUGAAGGGACCCACGGACCACAGUUACUUUGACAAUUAUCCCCCCGAUGAAGAGAUUCCUCCGGAUGAAAUGUCGGGUUGGGACGUGGACUUCUAAUGGACCCCUGUAUGCACCCUGAGUGUGUUCAAACAGUGUGUGGUCAACAAAUCUCUUCCAACAUUUUAUGUCUCCAACAUGUUUACUUUUGUUAAAAGGAUCUUGUGAUCACGAAACAAACAGAAUCAGUUUAUAUGCUGAAACAAAAGACUCCUUGACUGAAAUCUGCUGUUGCGGUGGAGUGGGAGGCACAGCAGAGGAGGAGACACGUAAGAAUGAAAUUGUUGCAUUAUUAUGAUGUCAGAGUGUUUAAAUGGAGAGCCGUAUAGUACAUUGGGAUGGAUAUGAGAUGCAUUGUUGAGAAAUAGUUUGGCAGAAAUAAUUUUGCAAGCACGUAAGAGGAGUGUGUGUGAGUAAGCAUUGUAGAGAAUAGUGUGAAACCAUUGGUAAUAUUUACCUAAAGACAUAGAGACAUUUUGCGGUCUGACAGGAAGGUGAGAUGUGCCUUGUUUUAGAAGUGUCAAUGAUAUAAUGUAUUUGAACUCUGGAAAGUGAUAACCACCCGUGACUGUGAAUACGGCACUGAUGAGGUUAAAGAGGUUAACCUCAAAGAAUGACUUGCACUGCAGUUUGGGAAAUUCAAGCAGAGUUGUGUGAGGAGUAGUAUUUUCAGUGACUUUUCCUGGAGCUUGUGAGGUUCACGUCGGCCUCACCUCUGCACCUGAGCCGAAUGUGUUUUUACUGAUGUAAUAGUUGAGGAUUUGUGGUUAUUUUCAUUCUUUUUAUGAAUAGGAAAUGUUUGUAGUUUUUAAUGCAAGUUUGAGUAAUCAGAAAAGACCCCAAGAUAUUUUGCAUAGUCAUGAACUGUCAUUGUACAUGUUGAAUUUGUAUAGAAAAUACAGUGAUUUAGG